AUGCGAAUGCGGCACGAACACCCAAGUUUGCUACGAGAGUGUGCUGCGAGCUUCCAUUACUUUUGUGCGCCUGCUUCUCGUCCAAAUAGGCCGGUGGCGACAUGCGGGGGCACUCAGUCUCCGCACUCUAUACUGAAGAACCAAAACCUGCUGCAUCACGGUACUACGAGAUCAACAAAUCUGGUGACCAAAACAAAUGCGAACAGCAAGAUGCAGGUGCUGCGCGACGCGACACUGAGCCGCAUUCUAGGUGCAUUCGCGUACUUCAACUACGAGGACGAAGGGCUGUACCAGCUGCUCAUUUCGGAAUUGUUGGCCCGAACCGAGAAAAUGGGGCCCAUGAGUUGCCACCACCUGAUCGUGGGGUUGCAGCGGCAGAGCGCAUUUAUCCACGACAAGGAAUGGCUGCAGAAAGCAUUGCGGCGGGUGUGCGCGCGAAUUGCAUUCUCGGCGGACCAGGUGCAGUGGACGCUCGCGCAAUCCUACGGCACGCUGAAUGCGCUGGCCAAACUUGGGUACCGGGAGGACCACUCCGUGUUGUCGGCGCUCGUGCAAAGGUUCGUUGCAAUGUUACCGUCCGCACCAGCGAGCGGCGCAGCGCAAACGAGAUUGCAACAGCUCCUCGAGAAAGAUGCAAGUAGCAACGCAAACAGUGCCAAAAAUCUUGUGCAAGAACGCAACCAAAGGACAACUGCCGAUGACUUGUUCCAGCGCUUUCAACCAUUAGCGGCGUGGUCGGGAACUACAACAGCCGAGAAAGAAUCGCCCACAACAGGUGCCGGAUCUAGAGGAGUGGAGGGCAGCGGCAGCACAGCUAUUGUGUCCACCUCGACCAGUUGUUCUACGUCUACCGACGGAGCAAGGAAAGAAAAAAAUGAGGAAGAUCUGGGCUCCUCGCUGGCAGGCCUAGAUCUGUUGGAGCGUGCCCUACAGUGCCGGAUCGACGUUCGGAAAACCUAUUUGAAAUGGAAGGACUGCGAUGCGGCUUUUUGUGCGAACGUGGUGCACGCAAUCGACGCGCUUGAAGCCUGGAACGUGGACUCUGUCGUGCUGCUUUUGUUGCUGCGCCACCACCUAGAGCCGCGUCUACACGAGCUGCGAUGCCGCGAGCUUCUGAAUCUGGGCUUGGCAUUCCGGGAUUUCCGGAGCAGAAGUCCCGGCAGAAGUCCCGGGGGAAGCGUCGGAAGCGGAUGUGAUGACGCGGCCUGCAGGGUAGACGUGUCAGGCUUGCCAGGACGAGAACUCAGCACGAAUAAGAGCAGCACCACUAGAGCCUGCCCGGAAUCUUUUGCUACCGCGGACGUAGAGACUCUGAAGACCACCCCGGCCACAUCUUCCUGGCAGCACUUCUACAGUGCGGUUCUACCCAAACUUCUCUUGCCGGAGGACGCGAGAGGACCACAAAUGGACCAGGAUAGACCACUAGGUGCAAAUCAAGACCGCAGUGCCGAGGAAGACAAAACGUGCCAAGUGACGACUGGCAGCGCGUGCUCGUCGGAUAGAAAAGCCGAUGGAGGUCGUUGUACUCGUUCACUGGAAAGGAGCACUACUGCUUCCGGUGAUACCCCGCUCCUUGUCGCCUCGGAAGUAGUAGACACGGCGUGCGAUUGGCGAUUCGACUUUUUUCACAAUGUGGUGGAGCAUCUGCGACGGCACGAGCCGUAUGCGCAAACGCAGCCGGAUGUACUGGAGAGCGUGGCCGAGUUUCGGCAAGUCAUUAUCAGAGAACUCGGAGAACCCGCGGUAGAUCCGCGGGCGCUAGAGUUUUUGACACGGUUAGCCGACAGUAAACGCGCGCCUGCAGGAGCUGGGGCAGACUUAAGUAGAGAGACAACCGACGACACUCUACCAUUUGUCUCUGGCUGUGUCCCUGAGGCGGCAAAAGAACAGGGGACUGCUGACAGUGCUGGCAGUAUCCCGGCGAGGUCACAGGGCGAAUUACCGACAGAACUAAAUUGCGUCGGGGACAGGCAGAAACAGAAAGAGCAACAAAGAAACGCCCCGACAUCGGAUGCGCUGAUGUGAAUCGAGCCAAGCCAGGCCUGUUUUUCGCGGAGUUUGGAACGGCCAGCAUGAUUGGAAGCAAAUUCAUUGCUUGUCAGCUCAAGCAGUGAUUUUUGUUCUGGAGACAAAACACUGUGAUACCUAAUGACUUUCAAAAUCAUACCGGAAAAAUAUAGUGACAGACCUAGCACCUGCAGCAUUUCGUUUUCGUACUUUGUUCUGUAUGUAUCAUGUUCAUUAUCAUUUCGCUUACAAUAAAGUGAACAAUUUCAAAUAGUCAGUGAGAAAAUAAAAAUGAGAACUGGUUUGACUCCUUUCCGCGUACCACCGUAAUUAUUAUCAUCG